GCUACUUGUACCUUAGAAGGACUAAUCGUUUACCCAAACUCUCUGAUUUUAUACAAGAUAAUCGUAAGAUUUGCUAUUUUACCCCCCAAAAAAAGUCAGAUGUACUACUUUACAAAAUUGUCAUACAAUGUGCGACUUUACAAAAUAAUUGUAAG